CGUUAAUCAUCCAUUCAUUCAUGAUGAUUAUAUGAAUAUUGCCUCUUCUUCCUCUCUGAAUUUCUUCUUUUCUCUCUCUCUUUCUCUCUGAAUGUAAAAAAGAAAACCCCUUUAUUCAAUCACAUUUUUUUUUCCUUCUUUUUUGUUGUCUCUUCAGAGAAAUGGGAUUGUUUUUCAACCCUUGAUUCAAUUUUUUUUGAGCUGAUUAUGAGUGUUUGUCUGAAGAGGAAUUUCUUGAAGAAAUAAGAAGAAGAAGGAGUUUUUAUUUUUUGUUUUUUCUUUUUUUGGAAGAUUAAGGCAAGAUGAUGCAACACGAAAUGGUUCAGCAACCUCCAGAACAGCUUCCAAUUGAAGAGAUUUCCAGCCCUCUUAAUGCGCAGAUUUUCGACUUCUGCGAAUCUGAGUUGUUCCCAGAAACUCUUCAAAAUUCUGAAGUUGCAUCCAACUCAAAUUGCUGUUAUGAAGAACACUCUUCCUAUUCUACAAAUCUUUCCCUUACACCAGAAAUGAACAAAUACACCAACAACAACAGCUUAGGUAUUAAAGAUGAUACCGCCCCGGAAACCGCCACAACAACAACAACAACAACAACAACAACAACCCAAGCCAUGAUUUCUUCCACAAUUAGUACUACUCCUGGAACCACAAUCAACACUUCCAACAUUAACCAUAGCAUUAACCACAGCAAUCUCUCUGUAAUAUUCGACGAUUCCCCUGAUGAUCUCGAUAAUGACAUUUCGGUUUCUAUAGACUUUAGUACUACUGCAGGUUUUAUCAUUCCUCAAUACCUUCCAAACCAACAAGACCAGUUUGAUUACUCUUCUCUGAACAACCGAAACUCGAUGCCAGAUGUGGCUGAUUGUUCACUAACACAGUUCCCUGCUGAAAAUCCUGUGAUCCCUUUCAUGGGACACACCAUGCCUCCUGUUUAUGAAGAUGAAUGCCUGUCUGCUAUGCCUCCUUAUAUGCGACUGAAUAAUACUUCAUCGCCGUCUUGUUCUUUACUUGAUCCUUCAAUUGGACCAUAUCUUCCAUCCAAUUUGAACGCGGCCUUAGCCGCUGCAGAUAGUGCUGGAAUCUUCAGUGGAGGUUGCCUCUUCCUUGGCAAUGAAAUGCCACCUCAAGAAUUAGAUUACCAAGGAGAAAAUGGUGGGAUUUUUUGUCCUGAUACUCUGCCUCGAGCUUAUAAUUGCAGUGCUGAUCUUCAGGCAAUCAGUAAUGAGAGUAACCAUUUUGUGAAUGGAACUGGAAAUUCUACUCCUUUAGCAUCAGAAAUCUCAAGUUUAGAAGAUCCAACUUUUAAGGUGGGAAAACUUACAGUAGAAGAAAGGAGAGAGAAGAUCCAUAGGUACAUGAAGAAGAGGAAUGAAAGGAAUUUCAGCAAGAAAAUCAAGGUGACAUCCCUCAUUCUUUCUCAAUUGAUCUUUUGUAUAAGAGAGACUUGCCAAUAUUCAUAGUGUACUAAUGUCGAAAACUGUUCAUAGUUAUCGCUCCUGAAUCGCGAAAAAAUCAUAGUGUACUAAUGUCAGAAAACUGAAUUUGCAGUAUGCCUGCCGCAAAACAUUAGCAGAUAGCAGGCCGCGCGUUAGGGGGAGGUUCGCGAAGAACGAUGAAUUGGAGAUGAAUAGAAAUGCUUGCUGCAUUAGCAACCAAGAAGAGGACACAGAUGAAGAUGUAAGUUUUUUUUAAAAAAAAAAAAAAAAAAUCUUCAUCCUUUCUUCAACCUAGCUCAAAAAAAAAAAACCGAAAAAUUCACCAUUUUGUUCUGAUUACAAACUUAACAGGUGGUUGUGAAAGAUGAAGAUGACAUGGUGGAUUCCUCAGACAUCUUUGCACAUAUUAGUGGUGUGAAUUCUUUCAAAUGCAACAAUCCCCUCCAAUCUUGGAUUUGAAGAGAGAGCAUUUUUCUUUUUCCCUAACUACAAUUUGUGCAGUGUCCUUUUGUUUGUUUUUUGCAUCAGUUUUGGAGAGAGGCCAGCCAUUCUUCCGCAGGAACCAUUGAUCCUGAAAACUUAGAUAGAAAACAUUAUGAACAUAUUCUGAGUCUCUAUGAUUAGUAGUAAGUAAGUAUAUUGUAAAACUGUGUCAUAGCUAAGCUACUAUAGCAUGAAAUAACAGAGAAAAAAAAACAAGAAACUUUUGUAAAUAUUACAAGUAUUCAGCAGCCAAAGUCCUAUGCAAAAAUCUCAAAGUUUGACAUUUUGUCGCUUUUAUUGCGAUAGGAUACAUUUCCCCGUCCCAAAAUGAUUAGUAUGUUUGUUGUAACUGAGGGAGUAUAGAUGUGCAGGACUAAAUAUAGAGCUGUGCAAAAAGUCCAAAAUUUGGUAACACUGAUUUUGAUUCUUCUAAGUGGUGACUCAAUUUGUUUGAGUUCCGAAAAUGUGAUUGGAACUUUCACUAACAGAGUGGAUGAUAGUAGUUUAAAAUGAUUUGGAUCACCUAAAUCGGCCCGAAUGUAAUAUGUAUAAGCAUGUCUUAUGAGAUCUAUAUAUACAAUAAUAAUCAAACUUGGGCUUACAUGUUUUAUUCCCAAG